CCAAAGGUGGCUUAAACAUCAGGGACCAGUCUGAAGGUGUCUCUAACACCAAGAACUGGUCCAAAGGUGCCCUGAACACCAGGAACCAUUCCAAAGGUGGCUUAAACACCAGGGACCAGUUGGGGACGGCGGCUGGGACACGUGCUGCUGCCUGGGGUGCCGGGGAGGGGGACACAAGGGGUUCACCUCCACCCAAACCCCUCCCUCACCUCUCUGUGCCCUCCUCUCUCCUUCCCCUCGCUCCUCCUCCUCCUCCUCCUCACCCAGAUGAGAUCCUCCGCUCGCUGGCCGGCCCCCCGUCCCCCCCGGGGCAGGACCCCCAUGGCUGGCGAGUGCCCGUGGACUGCGUGCGAGCCAACGAGCUGUGUGCGGGCGAACCCAGCUGCAGCUCCAGGUACCGUACGUUGAGGCAAUGCCUGGCCGGCCGGGACAGGAACACCAUGUUGGCCAACAAGGAAUGCCAAGCUGCCCUGGAGGUGUUGCAGGAGAGCCCCCUCUACGACUGCCGCUGCAAGCGAGGGAUGAAGAAGGAGCUUCAGUGCCUUCAGAUCUACUGGAGUAUACACCUGGGGCUGACCGAAGGAGAAGAAUUUUAUGAAGCUUCACCCUACGAGCCAGUCACCUCUCGUCUCUCUGAUAUAUUCAGACUUGCUUCAAUUUUCUCAGGAAUGGACCCCGCCACCAACUCCAAAAGCAACCACUGCCUGGACGCAGCCAAAGCCUGCAACCUGAACGACAACUGCAAGCGCCUGCGCUCGGGCUACAUCUCCACCUGCAGCAGGGAGAUCUCGGCCACCGAGUCCUGCAGCCGGAGGAAGUGCCACAAGGCCCUGCGCCAGUUCUUCGACCGCGUCCCCAGCGAGUACACCUACCGCCUCCUCUUCUGCUCCUGCAAGGACCAGGCUUGCGCCGAGCGCCGGCGACAAACCAUCGUCCCCUCCUGCUCCUACGAGGACAAGGAGAAACCCAACUGCUUGGACCUGCGCAACACGUGCCGGACGGAUCAUCUCUGCCGGUCCCGUCUGGCCGAUUUCCACACCAACUGCCAAGCAUCCUUCCAGUCCCUGACCAGUUGCCCCGGGGACAACUACCAGGCGUGCCUGGGCUCCUACGCGGGGCUCAUCGGCUUUGACAUGACGCCCAACUACGUCGACGCCAGCCCCACCAGCAUCACCAUCUCGCCCUGGUGCUCCUGCAAAGGCAGCGGCAACAUGGAAGAGGAGUGUGAGAAGUUCCUCCGAGACUUCACGGAAAACCCCUGUCUCCGAAAUGCCAUCCAAGCCUUUGGCAACGGCACCGACGUGAACCUGGCCCCCAAGAACCCAUCACCCCCCAUCACCCUGCCGCCGAAGACGGAGAAGAGCCCGGCCUUGCCGGAUGACAUCAACGACAGCAACACCAUCUACGACACGAGCGUCAUCACCACCUGCACCUCCAUCCAGGAGCACGGAGCGAAGCUAAACAAGUCCAAAGAGCAGAGCCUGUGCUACUCAGAGACCCAGCUCACCACGGACAUCAUGCCAGACCAGAAGACCUUCGUGGACCAGAAGGCAGGCGGCAGCCGGCACCGGGCGGGCGGGAUCCUGCCCCUCGUGCCCAUCCUCCUGCUGAAGCUGAUGGUAUAGAGGGCGAGGAAG